GGGAUGGGGGCCGGAGCCAACAUGGAGCUCUCAAUGGGAUGAGGGUGAAGCUGCCGUUGCCGGCUGCUCCUGUAGUCACGUUCCAUCAUGUUGGUGCACUUAUUUCGGGUCGGGAUUCGGGGUGGCCCUGUCCCAGGCAGGCUGCUACCACCCCUCUGCUUCCAGACAUUCUCGGCCAUCAGGUCCUCUCACGGCCGCCACGGCUCCUCCCUCCUCAGGGCUGUGGCCCAGCUGAGGUCCCAGCUCCGGGCCCACCUCCUUCAAGCGCCUCCAGCCCCCAGCCAAAGACCCUCUGCCUGGCGCUGGGUUGGGGGCAUCCUUCUGGGCCCUGUGGUGUGGAGUAAGUGCCCCCGCCUCGGCCUUGUGGCACUGUGUGAGGCGGAAGAGGCCCCUCCUGCCUGCUCCAGACCUCAUGUUGGGGAGUCCCGCUUUAACUGGAAGCUCUUCUGGCAGUUUCUGCGCCCGCACCUGCUGGUCCUGGGGGCAGCCAUCGUGCUGGCGCUGGGUGCGGCCCUGGUGAAUGUGCAGAUCCCCCUGCUUCUGGGCCAGCUGGUGGAGAUCGUGGCCAAGUACACGAGGGAUCACGUGGGGAGCUUCCUGACUGAGUCCCGGCAUCUCAGCACCUACCUGCUCAUCCUCUAUGGCGUUCAGGGGCUGUUGACCUUCGGGUACCUGGUGCUGCUGUCCCGCAUUGGCGAGCGCAUGGCCGUGGACAUGAGGAGGGCUCUCUUCAGCAACCUGCUCCGACAAGAUAUUGCUUUCUUUGAUGCUAAAAAGACAGGGCAGCUGGUGAGCCGGUUGACAACUGAUGUGCAGGAGUUUAAAUCAUCUUUCAAACUCGUCAUCUCCCAGGGCCUGCGAAGCUGCACCCAGGUGGCUGGCUGCCUGGUGUCCCUGUCCAUGCUGUCCCCCCGCCUCACGCUGCUGCUGAUGGUGGCCACACCCACCCUCAUGGGAGUCGGCACCCUGAUGGGCUCAGCUCUCCGAAAAUUGUCUCGCCAGUGUCAGGAGCAGGUUGCCAGGGCAACAGGCGUAGCGGAUGAGGCCCUGGGCAAUGUUCGGACUGUGCGGGCCUUUGCCAUGGAGCACCGAGAAGAGGAACGCUACGGAGCGGAGCUGGAGGAGUCCCGCUGUAAGGCGGAGGAGCUGGGCCGAGGCAUUGCCUUGUUCCAAGGGCUCUCCAACAUCGCCUUCAACUGCAUGGUCUUGGGCACCCUGUUUAUUGGGGGCUCCCUCGUGGCUGGACAGCAGCUGACAGGGGGAGACCUCAUGUCCUUCCUGGUGGCCUCCCAGACGGUGCAGAGGUCCAUGGCCAACCUCUCUGUCCUGUUUGGCCAGGUGGUGCGGGGGCUCAGCGCGGGGGCCCGGGUCUUUGAGUACAUGACUCUGAGCCCGUGCAUCCCACUGUCUGGGGGCUGCUGCGUCCCCCGAGAGCUUCUGCGCGGGGCCAUCACAUUCCACAAUGUCUGCUUCAGUUACCCCUGCCGCCCCGGCUUCCCGGUGCUGCGGGACUUCACCCUCACCCUGCCCCCUGGCAAGAUCGUGGCCCUCGUGGGCCAGUCCGGCGGAGGAAAGACCACCGUGGCUUCCCUGCUUGAGCGCUUCUACGACCCCACGGCCGGCGUAGUGACACUGGAUGGACGGGACCUGCGUACCCUUGAUCCCUCCUGGCUCCGGGGCCAGGUCAUCGGCUUCAUCAGCCAGGAGCCAGUCCUGUUUGGAACAACAAUCAUGGAGAACAUCCGCUUUGGGAAGCUGGGAGCCACAGAUGAAGAAGUUUAUGCUGCUGCCCGGGAAGCUAGCGCCCACGAAUUCAUCACCAGCUUUCCAGAGGGUUACAACACCCUCGUCGGUGAGCGGGGCGCAACCCUGUCUGGCGGCCAGAAGCAGCGCCUCGCCAUCGCCCGCGCCCUCAUCAAGCAGCCCACGGUGCUGAUCCUGGAUGAGGCGACCAGCGCACUAGACUCGGAGUCCGAGCGGGUGGUGCAGGAGGCCCUGGACCGCGCCAGCGCCGGCCGCACGGUGCUUGUCAUCGCCCACCGGCUCAGUACCGUGCGUGGGGCCCACCACAUCGUUGUCAUGGCCCAUGGUCGAGUCUGUGAGGUGGGGACCCAUGAAGAGCUUCUGAAGAAGGGCGGCCUGUAUGCAGAGCUAAUCCGGAGACAGGCCCUGGAUGCCCCAGCUCCUGAGGUGCCCAGAGGCCCCAGGAACCGCCACCCCAGGUCCUGAGAGC